GUACGAUGCUCUCGCGGCGAGGGGAACUUUUUGUGCCAGCGCGAGAUGUUUAGGCUCGCCAAUGGGCUAUGUAAUUAGGGUUUAGGGCGCUGUCGUCAUCCGGCUCCAGAAUGUGUGCGCACGUGGUCGUCGCCUGACCUGCAAAGUGUGUAGAGUGUCUGGAAGUAUUGAGGGGAGCUGCCUUUGCGGGGAAGUAUGGUUUUUGGAGUCCUAUGGGAUGCCGGCUGGACAUUUUUAUGAUCUACCGUAUACUUUCUCGGCUGUCUGGUUAAUUCUGGCGGCAGGCCGCGUGGUUAGCUAUGAUGUAAAGGGCGGUACCGUACUGGUUCCGUUGAGACGCUACACUGCCAUUGAGACCGACUCAGGCAAGAGGCCCUCAAAAUUCAGAAACGAAUCGCGGAUGCGAGGUGCAUCCAUCCAACCGUUUUGCCAGUUGGAGGUGUGAUGCCGACCGGCCACAGCUUCAGUUCUUUACGUACGUGCUGGCUCUCCUGGGAGGCGGAUCUGGCAAUUAACAGAAUACUGAGAGGAGUUCCGGUCAGACUGGAGUGACGAGCGUCGCAAACGCCGAUUGUUGCAGCUCCAACAAUCUUCGUGCACUAUGGCGUGCCCCCCUUUGCUUACCGAGGAUGACCUGCUGCGCUUCCGAACAAAGGCAUGUCUCCGUCUCGCCCAGGGCUCGUGCAGCUUCGGCCUAGACCGCUGCCAGUACUGCCACAGCUCAGUUUGGACCCGGCGGCCGCCGUUUUUCUCUGUGGUAGCUCAUCAGCAACGAAAUUCAUCUGAUGAUCGCCACCAGUGUACGGGGGCGCUGCUGCGCUACUUGCCAGUUGCGUGUAGCAACCUCGUGGUGUCCAAUGGAAACAUCACAGCGGUCCUGUGCCAUCGUGGUCAGAACUGUCCGUUUGCGCACAGUCGAGAUGAGAUCGUGUACCACCCUUUGCUAUAUAAGACCGAAGAAUGCGACGAUCACGAAACUUCCCGGUGCGCCGUAUACUACUGCUGGAAGGCACACGGUACGAAAGAAAGACGGAAACCCCCGAAGCUGAGGCUAGGCGUGGUUAAAGGAGUUGACGUCCAGGUUUUCUACCCCGGCAUAACUGUGGUUCAGUUGAACACUUCCGGGCAAAAGUGCGUCUCUGGAAAGGGCAGAUCAAGCGAGACAUCGAAAUGUGGCGGUGGAGGCCAGAGUAAAGCGGCUGUACGACGCGGAAGCAACGGAGGGUUAUCGAAGAAAGAUUGCCAACAUGUGGCCAGCUCUGUAUUUCCCAGCAAGAAUAUCGAGAACAUGCAAGUCCAUUUCCCCUGUUCGGAUGAAGCGGUUUUUUCCUUUGCCCAAGGAGGGCCGACGACCUAUCAGAGGAGCCAAUUACCGACAAAGUCCGCAAUGUCAGCAGCAUUCGCAGGUGUGUCAUGGGAGGACAUUCGUGAACUGUGUGACGGACAGCGCCAAACGGGUUAUCACACUGCGGAGACACCCGUUAGUUUUGCCGGAUUACAGAACUUGGCUAGUGUUAUUCGGAGUUCCGCAAGUGACUCAGGGAUGGAUGCGCUAUUGUAUUCUCAGAAGGUAGCCGAAAUGCUUCAACGGUCAACAGAGGCUGUCAUCGGCAUAAACUCGACGAAGCCGUUCGGGGUGGGUUCCCGCGGACCUGGCGAAGAGUCGGAUGACUGCAGUGUAGCAAUAGAUAAUGCCGCUGCAUUGAUCGCCGUGAUGAGGCUGCAGGCAAACUGGCUUCUAGGGAAGAAAGGCGGCACACCCGGAGAGGAGUUUCGGGCAGAAGAAAAGCACCCCAGGAAUACUGCGGAGCUUGCCGCGGAAGAGGUCGCUGCAGGAGCAGACGUGCUCGGGUGCCUGCGUUCCGGUGCAGUGACGCACACCAGCCCUCACUGUAGAGCAGACGGAGAUUUGCAGACGCUAACUAACUGCAGGCGCCCACCAGCAGUUGACCAAUCGUAUACAAUUACCCGGGCAAACAGCGAUGGUGAGCUACUCGUGCCUCCCCUCUGUUGUAGACACAGUCGACAAGGGUCAGAAGACAGCCUUUCUAGGACAUUGAGCGUGUCGAAGUAUGACAACGGUGGCGACUGUGCGUCGUUUCUUGUGGCCCCUCAAAUAGCAUCAGAUUCCGCUGUAGGCGACGAAAUGUGCAUUAUGGAUUUGGCCCGUUCGGAAUCAACUUGGGUCAGGGGUGCGUGUGAAAGUGGAAUACAGGGUGUGAGCGAGGUGACUUUCGAUGUUGCAAGUACGCCAGACAGCAGGCCUCUAAGCGUCCAGCUCCUCAAGCGGAAUUCUCAGCUCGUGAAACCACGUGCGUACGACACACGAAGAUCAUCCGUGGCCAACAGUGAAACGGAAACCCGGAUCGGGGACAUGAUAUCGCCACCAGCACGACAGCACUGGGCUAACAAGGUCAACGGGAGCCUGGCUGUCACGGUUCGAGACACUCGUGGACACGACUUGCAGGCAACAACAACAGGGAUGUCGUUGCAGCUUAGUCAGAUUGACGGCGGCCGUUACACAGGUGACGACGGGGAAACAUACGGAGACAAACGAAAGGCCACAGAUUCGACAAUCGGUGGUAGUAGCCGUUCUGCUAGUGGCGAGAAACUAGCCACAGGCGACGAAAUCUGGGGCAGACCAGAUGUGGUUGAUGUAGGCGUACACAUCUCGGGGAUUCGUUCGGCGUCGACCGUAGUCGGACAGCAGGAGACUAGCCACAGGGGACUAAUAACCCAAAGACAGGUCGGCAAUAACACUGCAACGAAGCAGGCGAAGCAGGAUGUAAAUGCUUUAGAGCUCAUGAAGGAUGGCAACGCCGACGAAUUGAAGAACGAUUUCCUCAUGGCUGUGACGAAGGAGCUUCUGAAGCUUGUCCUUGGAGGAGAGCCGCAGAAUGUGGUGUCCAGUGAAGCACCGAACCAGAAAUGGUGCUCUAAUGGGAUAUUAACGGAGACUCAAACACAUGCCCUGCGAAGUGAGCGUCCUGGGGAGCAACCUUCUCUAACUCCGGGGCUACUGAAGGUCUCUAACGGUGUGGCUGACGACAAAUUAUCUUGGAGCCCGACAAUUAAGAAACGCGUGGACACCCAUCCCGCGAUAUCAAGUGAGUCGGACAACCCUCUGUGGUGGUGAUAGAUGAGGACUUGGUAGUCUGAGUGUAGGACACUUCUGUGGUCAAACGGUGGCAGUCUCGUAAGGGAUGGUGAAGAUGGUGGGAGUUUCUCCUGCUUGCGCAGACACAAUUUUCCGAUGCCAAAAAGGGAUAUAUAUACGUGUGGGAAGGGGGAGCACCAGUUUGGCGCAUGCACGUGCAGAAAAAACAGUGUUAGUUUGUCGCCGGUUGGCGCUAGAACAGCCCAACCCUUAUCUGUCGUUUUGCCAGUGUUUUAUAUGCAGUGCAGGGAGGGGGGAGGACGGGCGAAAAGUCGUCUUGU